UUUUCAUAAUAAGAGAACACAACGAAUAGGGAAAUAUAUUUUUAAGAUUUUUUUGUCAAUUAAAAUUGUAUAUUAUGUGAAAUCUAGCACAAAUCAAAAUGUCUUAUAUUCAGAACCGUAAGAAAUACUUAUCAUUCGUCUUAGCUUUUUAUAACAUAGACAAUCUUGUAAAUUUUUAAUAAAAUUUUUCACGCUUUUGAUGAUAUUUUUUUAAAAUUUUUUUCUUUUUUUACAAAAAAGCUACACAAAUUAUCCUUUAGUCAACUUCCUUCAUACCCAAACUUGUGAGGUUCAUUGUGUCGGAAUAAGUUUUAUUUUGGUAAAGAGUAAAACAUCAUACAAAACCAGGGGUUCAAAGUGCAAAAUCAGAUCAUAAUAAUUCCAUUAACGACUCUGGACUGGAGGGUCUAAACCACCGUGGACUUGCAGUUGGCUCCAGCCGGCGAUCAUUCCCGGACUUCCUCUCUACUUCCUUUAUCUUCGUCCACUUACCGGAACCCUAUCAAAAACCCCCCAAUUUUUUACAUGUUCAAUCACACACUAAUUCAUUCGUAGAUUUCAGAAUUUUGUACUUGGAUACAGUAAUCCAUUGUCUGCCAUGGCGAUAGUGUAUGCGCUUGUGGCCAGGGGAACUACCGUACUUUCGGAGUUCAGUGCCGUGACGGGAAACGCCGGAGCUGUGGCGCGUCGGAUACUGGAGAAGCUGCCUUCGGAAGCUGAAUCAAGGCUUUGCUUCUCCCAGGAUCGAUACAUCUUCCAUAUUCUUAAAUCCGAUGGGCUUACUUUCCUCUGUAUGGCCAAUGAUACCUUCGGAAGAAGAAUACCAUUUUCAUACUUGGAGGAUAUACGUAUGAGAUUCAUGAAGAAUUAUGGCAAAGUGGCCCCUUAUGCACCUGCGUAUGCAAUGAAUGACGAAUUUUCAAGAGUCUUGCACCAGCAAAUGGAGUUUUUUUCCAGUAAUCCUAGUGCUGAUACUCUAAACCGCGUCAGGGGUGAAGUUAGUGAGAUACGGACGAUCAUGGUUGAUAACAUUGAGAAGAUAUUGGAAAGGGGUGACAGAAUUGAACUUCUUGUUGACAAAACAGCAACAAUGCAAGAUAGUGCAUUUCACUUCAGAAAGCAGUCAAAGCGCCUUCGUCAAGCUCUUUGGAUGAAAAAUGCUAAACUUCUGUGAGUAGUUAAUUUUCAUGUGCAAGCUGGUAGCACACAUUUUAUCCGGUAGCUAUCUAUUUUUCUUUUUAUUUUGUGUGGAAAAUUUCCUUCCGCUAGUUGACUUUACAUGAAUGCUCAUUAUAUUCAGAAGAAAGGGAAGUGAAGGAAAAACAACCUUUUCCUUAGAUAUCUUAUUGAAAGUAGUGCGUGGAGAAUUCCAUCCAAAUUAUUUAAUUUUCUCAAUGAUUUUCAUAUUUUCUUUUUGUUAAGUAAUUUACAACUAUGUGCGCUUUGAAAGGCGUGCCACCCCUCGAUGAGAAGAUCUCAUUUUCUAACUUAUCAAGCCCUUGAAGGCUUCUACUAGGUCCAUCAAGUGUUUGCCCUGAAAUAUUCUGACAUCUACUCUUUCUGCUGUCCGACCUUUCUGAAUCAUGGAUUUAGUGAUUUUAUUUGUUAUAUUUACUUUUUUGGCCGGGCACAGCCUGCACUGUGCUAAAUUCCUGAGCUGGACCAAACUUUGGGUGCUAGCUUCAAUUUUGAAAAGAAAAGGCUUGUCAUUAGACGUCUCAUUAUCUUUGUUCUGGUUUCACUCCCCUUCCCGAAAGAUUCAAGUUUGAAACUUUCAGUCUUAAGUUUUUCUCAACCGUGCAUUUAAAUCUAAUGUCCUUAUUGUGAAACACCGGGAGGAAAGGGUCUGAGUUGAAUAUAUGGUCAAAUAAAGUUCAACUGGUAUCCUUUGCUUUUGAUGCUUUUAUGUAUGGGGAAUUUAUCCUUUAUCUCAUGUUCUGCUUAUGGUACUCGGAGAAUUACAUAUUAGAAUUGUUUAAGAUCUCUAUAGUUUUUUCAUUUGGUUAUCAUUUGAGGAAAUUGGCGUGUUCUGAAUUGUGUCGAGCUGACGACCGAAAUAGGUUUUGUGGUCUUCAGCUGCUACAACACUUGCUUACUCAUUAGACGUGAAGGUUUUGUACUGUUCUCAUAUAACUAGAAAAGUGUUCUUAUUUAACUACAAAUGCUAGCUUAUCAAUCUGAUCAUAGUGGAGCUUGCUAGGGGGCUAUUAGUUCAUUGAGCCAUUAUUUAGCUUUGAUUAUUCGCUUCUCUUAGGUUGAAACUGACAUUGGUUAGUAGUUUCAUAAAUUUGAUUCGCUUAUGUUCUGUAAAUUUGAAGAUAUGAGAAUCUGACUCCCGACCUGAAACUUGGCAGGGCUUUGUUGACGUUCUUGAUCGUAGUUUUCCUGUACAUAAUAAUAGCAGCUGCUUGUGGCGGUAUCACUUUACCUUCAUGCCGGUCUUCAUGACUUGCUUGAAAAUGCUGUGAAGGAUUGUGAUGUUGAUGAUUGCAACACGAUAUGAGUGUAAACCCCCUUGGUGAUUACGAUGCAGUAUCAAGUGUGGUCAUCCAUAUUUCAUUCAUAGCAUUGUGGUCUGCCUUUCUUGUAUCAUCCUAUUUUGUUUUUAUAAAUUCCAAUUUAUUUUAGUCGAUUACGGUAUUUUCCUGCCAUGUAUAUGUAGUUUGGGUGUUGUGAUUUGUGAAUAUUAUUUGUGCCUAAAGUAUUUCAAAGCACCUUGUUUUGAAGGAAAUGGUAGUUGGCUUAUCAGAAUUAUUGAACUUCACUUUUGCCGCCCCACGAUUCCCAGGGUCCCAUACUCGAGACACCUUACUAGCACAGUAGAAAAGAAAACAAAAUCAGCAGAUAGUUUGGUGGUGUAGGCUUAGUGCUCCUCUAAGGACAGUUAUUGUGGUUAAAUAUUAAAUAUUAUCAUAUAAAAAUAAUAAACUCAUAAACAAAAUCCGGAUGAUCGUCUAUAAGUUCUUAGAAAUUCUAUAAAUUAUAUCACUCUCUUUUUUUUAGAAUGAUC